GUCUUACCACCUCCCCCACCCCGCUAUACCAUCCCCGUCGCCUAUCAGGCGGGCGCGGCAAAUGGUAUGGCGGUCCCGGUCGUCGAGACCAACAAUACAAUCACCCACCCAGAAGGCGGAUGUCCAUUACAGGUUGGAGAAGCCCUCUUCCUUGUGCCAACGGUUGACUCCAACGUGCUAAUUCGAGAUUGCGCUGCAGGAACCUAUACUCUGAAAGACGACCUUCUCCUAGCCACACCUCCCCCUCAUCCGUCCGAAGCUCCAAUUGUGAACCCGAAUCCUCUUGCGACAGUUCCAUCGCCUCCAACUAGUGGAGUCAAGCUGUGUUUGGUCAGCCUCGACCCUCGCAAGAAACCCCCCACCUUCUUGAAGACUGCCGUCGUUGCCCCGCAAUUCGGAGAUGGAAACCCAGCACUUGCACCGCCCGCACCGCCAGCUAAGGAGAAGGAUGCGCAGAAGAGACGAAAGCCGAAAAACAACAUCAUCAAGAGCAGUUCCUCAUUUGUGUCCCGAGUCAUCACCCACGAGACCUCUACAAAGCGACUGAAUGACCGCGACCAGAACGGUGUCUUUGCCUUUGCCAACAUCAACCGAGCAUUCCAGUGGCUCGAUCUUUCCUCGGCGUCGAAAGAGGAACAUCUCACCAAAGUUCUCUUCACCAAGGCACAUAUGCUGUGCCAUGACAUCAACGACAUGACCAAAACUUCGUCCCAUCUGGACAUUGUGAUGGGCUCGUCCGCCGGAGAUAUCAUCUGGUAUGAGCCUAUGUCGCAGAAGUAUGCUCGUAUCAAUAAGAAUGGAGUGAUCAACAACUCUCCCGUGACACAUAUUAAAUGGUUGCCCGGGUCUGAGAAUAUCUUCCUUGCAUCUCAUGCCAAUGGUGUUCUGGUGGUCUAUGACAAGGAGAAGGAGGAUGCCUUGUUUACCCCCGAAGCCCCGGCACACCCCGAGAAAGACCAUAGUCGGCUGCCUCUUGAAAUUUUGAAAUCCGUGAAUUCGAGAAAUCAGAAAUCCAACCCCAUCUCUCUGUGGAAGCUCGCGAAUCAAAAGAUCUCUCAUUUUUCAUUUUCUCCGGAUCAGAGGCAUUUGGCUGUUGUCUUGGAGGACGGAUCUCUUCGGCUGAUGGACUAUCUGAAAGAAGAGGUGCUGGAUAUCUUCCGCAGCUACUACGGAGGCCUGAUCUGCGUUUGCUGGUCCCCAGACGGCAAAUACAUCGUCACAGGUGGUCAAGAUGAUCUUCUUACAAUCUGGUCAUUCCCGGAGCGUAAGAUCGUCGCAAGAUGCCAGGGCCAUAACUCCUGGGUCUCAGCAGUAGCUUUCGACCCGUGGCGCUGCGACCAGAAGACUUAUCGAUUCGGCAGUGUCGGCGACGAUUGUCGAUUGCUGCUGUGGGAUUUCAGCGUGGGCAUGCUCCACCGACCUCGCGCGGUUCGUUCUCACCUCGAUGUCCGCUCCCUCGGAUCCAUUACUAACAAACUGGAGCAGCAUCACCAAAACUCAACUCGGCAGCAGCACCGUAGCAGCAUUGUUGGACCCGGCUCACUGUCCACGCAUCGCAACCGGGCCGACAGCGGUGGCACCAGGUUCAGAUCCGACUCCGACCGAACUGAGAAGUUUGUCGAUGGGGAUUUCGACCCCGUGGAGAACCAUCCAGUUGAGCCCCGGUCGCGGACUGCGUUGUUGCCGCCUAUCAUGUCCAAAGUUGUCGGCGAAGAUCCGAUCUGCUGGCUUGGUUUCCAGAACGAUUGUAUUAUGACAUCCUCGCUCGAAGGGCACAUCCGUACCUGGGACCGACCCAGCGACAGUGUUGUUCACAAAUGA